AUGGAUUGCAGCCUGAAUCCAGCUACGAUGGAAAAGAUCAUCCUUUUUGAGGAGAGAAACUUCCAGGGCCGCUCCGUUGAGUGCAGCAGCGACCGGCCGGAUUUUCAAAGUCAGCUCAGCCGCUGUAACUCCGUCCGUGUGGAAAGUGGCUGCUUCAUGCUCUAUGAACGUCCCAACUUCCAGGGACAGCAGUUCUUUCUGAAACGGGGGGAUUAUCCUGACAUGCAGUCUGAGGGUUUCAGCACCUCCAUUAAGUCCUGCCGGAUGAUCCCGUCUCACAGGGGCACCUACAGGAUAAAGAUCUAUGAGAAGGAGGAUCACAGAGGCAACAUGGUAGAGUUAACCGAGGAUGCUCCGCAAGUCAUGGACCAGCUACGCUCCCCCGAGAUGCUCUCUUGUUCUGUACUGGAGGGGUACUGGAUCCUUUACGAAUUGCCGAAUUACAGAGGCCGCCAAUACCUGCUGAGACCAGGGGAGUACAGGAGAUUCAGCGACUGGGGCGCUAUGAGCGGCAAAAUCGGCUCUUUGAGACGUGCCACUGAUCUCUACUGA